UCAUUCCCGUACCGUAGUCCGUCUCGCGAGCUUCGAGGCGACGUUACGUGUUGUGUACCGUGUUCUGGAAUCUUUGUUUCCGUAUCCGUGUUUUUUCGGUGUGUCGUAGUGUUCAUAUAUCUUCCGUCUUGCGCAUUUAUAGUGUUAUUUCUCGAAAUAUUUCUUAUUUAUAUCGGUAUAGUCGCAACACCGACGAGUUACGACGUCACGCACGUAUCGGCAACAGCGUGACGGAACGAUGCACAGAUCUUUGCAACAAGAUGACGUUUGAUUCGCUCGAAGCUUUUGUUCCCACCGGAAACGUUGUUCCCGUUUGCAGCUGGAUCGAACGACAGAGUUCCUCGUGAGAAUAGUGAACAAUCCGGCUGCUGUAAAACGACAACGUGACACCGUCAUCGAUAUACAUAUGUAUAUGUACAUAUAUGUAUAUAUGUACAAGUAGAAGAGCUGCCCUCUCGGUGAUUGUGUAUUCGAUUGUUCGUUUAGCAGUGUCGUGUGAUAAUUAUUCGUGAAACUGUGAUUCGGGAACCAAGAAACACAUAGUGUCGUGAUAAGGAAGCGUUUGGUAUAUCGGAAUCGAGUCAUUUCAGGAGGCAUCAACGAGAAUACCGAAGACGUACCAGCUUCGAUCUAUUCUUCGACAUUGGAGUCUCGUGGAUCGCUGCUUCGUGCGACCGUACUUCUCGUGUGUAUGUGUGUUGUAUAGUGCAGGCAUAGCGGAGCUACUAGCAUCGUGACGUUCUGAAGAAAUUGCCGAGUGCGACGAGAGAAAUAUUCGCGCCUUCGUCUUCUUCGACGUUUUUGAUAUCGAAAAAUAGGGGAGGAGGGGGGGGGGAGGGGGGAAAGAUCAAAGAAAUCGCUCAAAUUUCGAAGAAUCGUGGGGCGAGGGAACGUCGUGGUGUGAUAAAAAAAGGAAAAGAAAAAAAAGCGUAUAAAUGAAAUUCCACGUCGCGACGUACCGUUGUUUCCGCGAUCCUCAUCCGCCUCGAGCGGAGUUGCACGCGUAGAAAUCGAGAUGGGGUUGAAGAAUUAAAAGUAUCGGUCGGUACGCGUCUCGCACUUUCAACUCCUUCAAAAUGUCCAACGAAGAGUCGCGCGCUUGAGUGCGUAGUGUUGCUGCUGUCCCCCCAUCCGGAGGUUAAUUAAAGUCGAUGAUCGAGUCUGAUGGGAAAACCGCAGGCAUACGCGGAGGUGGCGCGCAGUUAGCGCUCGAACAGGCCUAAAUGAAGAACGAUCGUCACGGGGACAGGUGAUCGAUAGCGAUUGCGAGGAGCUGUGCGCGCGCGCGCGCGUGUGUGUGUGUGUCUGUGUGUGCGCGCGCGCGUGGGUGAUCGUGGCGGUGGCGCGCGGGGCCAGGGGCGGAGAGGAGCAAGAUGGAACUCUUCCUGAUUCUCGUCUGUCUGAUCGCGCCGCCCACCCUCUCGCUCUCGAUCAAGAGCAAGCUGAAUCCACGGGUCGUUCAGACGCGUUACGGCGAGGUGCAGGGGGUCGUACGCUCCUUCGAGUACGCCAAGUUCCUCAAGCCGAUCGACGUCUACCUCGGGAUACCGUACGCGACACCUCCGAUAGGGGGCAACAGAUUUUCGCCGACCAAGGCGUCCAGCCCUUGGGAAGGAGUCAGGUUAUCGGAUUCGGUCGGUCCAGUCUGUCCUCAAAAGCUGCCCGACAUCUCAAAUGAGCAAGAGGCGUUAGAGCGGAUGCCGAAAGGUCGACUCGAGUACUUGAAGAGAUUGCUACCCCAUCUACGAAAUCAGAGCGAGGAUUGUCUCUACCUGAACAUCUACGCGCCGGCCAUGGGGAUGGCGGACAACAACAGUAGAAAGCAUCCGGUGUUGCUGUACAUCCACGGGGAGAGCUACGACUGGGGUAGCGGAAAUCCGUACGAUGGCAGCGUGUUGGCCAGCUACACAGACCAAGUAAUCGUGACGAUGAACUACCGGUUGGGCGUGCUCGGCUUUCUCAACGCCAACAUGGCGCCCCAGACCAAGGCGAGGGUCGCGAAUUACGGGCUGAUGGAUCAGAUCGCGGCGCUCCAAUGGGUCAACGAGCACAUCGCCCUGUUUGGCGGCGAUCCCAACAACGUGACGCUGAUGGGCCAAGGGACUGGGGCCGCCUGUGUUCAUUUUCUCGCGAUCAGCCCGACCGUCGUGCGUGGUCUGUUCAAGAGGGCUAUUCUAUUAUCAGGCAGCGCUCUCUCGUCGUGGGCAGUGGUCGAGGAUCCCGUUUCUUACGCCUUAAAACUGGCCAAGGCGGUCAAUUGCACGAUUCCGAACGAUUUGUUCAAGAACAACGAACUGAUCGUCGAUUGUCUUCGGGAUCGAAGUUUGGAGGAAUUGAUGAAAGUCAAUAUCCAACCACCGACAUUUUUGAGCGCGUUUGGGCCGAGCGUAGAUGGCGUGGUCAUCAAGCCAGACUUUCAGAAAGAUCUUCUGUCGUACAUGGGUCCGGAAUUCCAAGGAUUCGGGCCGCUGCCAAAGAAAGCGGAGCACGGUGCCCCGAUCACGAGUAACAACAAAUACGAUUUGCUGUUCGGCGUGACCACGAGCGAAGCGUUGUGGAAAUUCGCGGAGAGGGAUGUACAGCAAGGGUUCGAGGGCGAAAGGAGAGACAGGAUCAUCAGAACAUACGUGAGGAACGCGUACGUGUAUCAUCUGACGGAAAUAUUUUAUACGGUGGUGAAUGAAUACACCGAUUGGGAGCGGACAGUGCAGCAUCCGGUGAACACGAAGGAUGCCUGCGUCCAGGCGCUGAGCGACGCCCAAUUUGUGGCGCCUUUGGUGCAGACCGGCGACCUCUUCACUCUAAGGCACACGAAGAAACCGAAUAAUCCUCAUAUAGCACCGAUUCCCGAAAGCGAGAAAGAACCACUGCCCAAGACGUAUUUCUACGUGUUCGACUAUCAGAUGAAGGAUGGGGAUUAUCCUCAGAAGAUGGGCUCGGUCCACGGCGAGGAAUUGCCAUUCGUCUUCGGGGCACCGUUAGUGGACGGGUUCGGUCACUUUCCGAGGAACUACACGAGGUCUGAAGUGGCACUCUCCGAGAGCAUCGUGCAGUUCUUUGCCAACUUCGUCAGAACUGGGAACCCGAACGUGAUCGAUCACCACGGUCGAAACGACACGCUUCUGCCCGCCAGCCGGGAGAAAAGCCGUUUCCGGAGCCUGACGUGGGAUCAAUACGAUCCGGUGCACCAGAAAUACUUGGAGAUCGGCAUGAGGCCAAAGAUGAAGAAUCAUUACAGAGCUCAUCAACUAUCCGUCUGGCUUCGCCUCGUCCCAGAACUUCAUCGAGCCGGAAUGGAGGACGUUGAUUCGAGGCACAACUUGUUCCGAGGACACUCGGAUCCCAGCCUCUACGACGGUUCGGUGAGGCCGGAUCCCCUGAGCAGAAUCAGCGAGGAAUUCAAAAGGAAGAACGUAACCACCGAGCCUCCGACAACCACGGAUUACAAUGCCGCCACGUGUGUCAGUUACAUUCAGACCACGAAUUUGCAGAACGUUAAUAACACCGGUAUAGACACCCUGGCCAAUUUGGAUGCAGCCGGGUAUGCCGCGUACUCGACAGCUUUGAGCGUGACGAUCGCGAUCGGAUGCAGUUUGCUGAUUCUGAACGUGCUGAUAUUUGCGGGGGUUUACUAUCAAAGGGACAAAACGAGGCUCGAGGUAAAAAGCCUUCAACAGCAACAAAUAUUGAAUCAACAGUGCGGACCACGAGGUUUCUCCGAGCUCAAACAGCCACCUCCGCCACACUCUCAUUUCCCUGGGGGCGGCCAAGUUAUCGUCGAUGUUGAAAAUGAGAUGCUGAGAAGGAACGUUAUGAAAGGCUCUCCAAACGAUCCCAACACGCUUCUCCAACAGGGCCAGGGAACUCACACGUUGCCUCAUCAACACCAUUAUCAAAAGCAACAUCAGCAACAGCAUGCCACUCUUCCCCGAGCUUCCGUCAUACAGGACAUGAAUGCACAAACCCAAGGUCCACCAAACGGGUCCAUACAUCUGACAGUACCAAGAGCCCCACCGCCCCCACGAGCAAAGAGUCCACCCGAGAAUCAGCCCCUGUUGCAAAAUGCCACCGUAUCGAGUCGCGUGUCCCAGGCUACGAUGAGCGAGAUGAGAGUGUGAUGUUUGGACCCCCCUCCGAAGCCAGUCGUGCCGGACGUUCUUACGGCAUCGACGUUACUUUAAACAACACAGGCGAAAAACCGUCUCGUCUGUGCCAGUCGAGUCUCUGCCCGACGAAAAUAAAGAAAAAAAAAAAAGGGAGAAGAAAAAAAAGAAUAUGCUCAUGGGAGAGCUCCUUUCAGGAAGAUUCCAUCCAAAUUAAGAGCGAGCAACGCUCGACUGGCACCUGGCCUGAAAGCUUCUACCGUUUUCCAUUUCCAUCGUCCAGUUGACGACGACGCGCCGCAAAAACCAACGGAGGGGGGUGAACCGAGCUUUCGCUUAAAGCUGAAGGAACAAUUGAAGAUUAUAAAGGGUAUAUAGGAGUAUCCGGUAUUCGUCGAAGAAGAAUAAUUAAGUUGGAAGACGAAGGUCUUGACUAUCUUGAAGAGGAAAAUGAAAUAUUACUUUCUUCCAGCAAAUUCUUUCGAGAAGUGUAAUUUGAACGAUGAAAUUAUUAUUAUCAAGAAGAUCGAGAGAGGGAUAUCUCUCUGACGAACGAAGAGAAAGAAGAUUUGUAGAGGAAUCGGAAGUGUGAAUAGAGGAAAUUCGAAAAUUGAAUUUUAUACGAGUAGAUUUCCCUCUAGAUUUUCUGAUAGAGAUGAAAAAAAUAAAUAAAUAAAUAAAUAAAUAAGUAGAUAUUAAAUCGCGCGUUCAUCGACGGAUACCAGAAACCUCAUCGUGAUCGAGAGAUGGGUAGAUGAAUCGUGAAUAUGAUCAAUAAAAUCGAAAUUCUCGGUAAUGUUAAUUUACGAGGAUCGACGAUUUUCUUUCUACGAUUUUUCGAGCCGAGAAAAGAAAGAAUUUCGUUUCACACGAUGGCAUCAAACGAGUAUGAUCAGCUAGCUAGUCGGUAAAUAACGAAUUCUACGUGUUACGAAAGGGAAGAGACGCUCAAAAUAAAAAAAUAUCGAGCAUGAAGACUCGUGUAUCAUACGCUAUCCACUACGAUGUUAGAUGUUCCUUGUAUAUAUUUAAUGAGAAAAAAGACAAAAAAGUGAAUUUAUACGAUAAGUGAAAGCCAAAAACAUGUUUGCUACUUUCUAAGAAGACAUGUAUUCGUGUCGCGUACAGUUUAAAGAUCGUCCGUUAUAUUCGUUUCAUCAUUUCAUUUUUUUCAUUUUCUUCCUCUUACGAUUGACUAUAAACGUUACGCGGUGUGUGCGAGAUCAUUGUCGCUCAGAUCUUCAUUGUGAAAACAAAAGAAAAGUUCAUCGACGAGUCGACUCGUUUUUGCCUUUGAUUGGUCAAAGAAUCUUUCAAUUUACUAUGUUGAUAAAAAAAUAUUUAAAUAUCACAGACCAAUGGAACAUUAAAAUCACUUCAAUUUUCUUUUCUUCUUUUUUUAUUUAAGAUAUUAGGUGCCUCCUUCGCAUAAGACACAAUGGACCGUCCAUUUUUUGCUAUUAUGAUCUUUAAAACUCUGUUUAAAUAUAAUCAGUCAAUAUUAAACGAGCUCCAGGCAUUGUACCCUAAAGGGAUUAUCAUUAAAUUAGAAUUAUCAGUAACUAUUUGUAAAAUUUUAAAGAAGAUAAUAAAAAUUAUUGAAUGCUUAUCAUGUCUGAAAUAGGAACAUGAAUUUUUUAAAAUUAUGAUAUAUACAUAAUGUAAGAAAAUAAGAUUAAAAAGUUGUGAAAUUCUUUCUAUUCGAUCGUAAAAAUGGAAUUAAAAUGUCUGGAUUUACAUAUAUUGAUAUAACGAAUUCUCUUUUGCCAAUCAAAAGCUUCGAUCGUCGAUGAACAGUGUCGUUCAACUUCGUCUCAUUGUUAUAAUACCGUAAUUCAGAAUGAUAUCAUUUCAUCAAAUAAAAUCAAACUGAACGACGCUUUGAAAUGUGCCGUUCCAACGAUGAACAUUUAUGUAAAAUGAUAUAUGAAUAAUUAUCAUCUUUUUUACGCUUUUGGUAACAUAUAAAUCUCUCAGCGAGACAAUUUUCAUUUCAUUCGAAUUAUCAUGUAUACUAUUGACAAAAAUAAAAAGAAAAAAAAAAUACAAAAGAAAAUGAAGUGAAAAUGAUCG